AUCAGAGAGAAACCUGUCAGAGUCUGCAUAGCCAAGAAAUGCAACAGGGAAACCAUCGAGAGAAGGGACAGGGUAAAUCCAGUCACAGGACCAGAAGGGUGAAAAGAAACACAGCAACCUUUCAACAGAAAAUCCCCCAUCAACAGGCAUCCUAUGCUUAUAGUGACUGUGCAACUCCUAUUGAGCAUCAAAGAAUCCACGAAGGAGAGAAGCCCUUCAAAUGCUCUGAAUGUGGGAAAAGCUUCGGUAAGAGGUCAGACCUUGUUAGACACUGGAGAAUUCACACAGGAGAGAAACCUUUCAACUGCUCUGACUGUGGGAAAAGCUUCAGUAAGCGGUCAGUCCUUGUUAGACACAAGAGAAUUCACACAGGAGAGAAACCCUUCAGCUGCUCUGACUGUGGGAAAAACUUCAGUGAGAGUUCACACCUUGUUAGACAUAGGAGAACUCAUGCAGGAGAGAAGCUCUUCAAAUGCUCUGACUGUGGGAAAACCUUCAGGGAGAGUCCAAACCUUGUCAGACAUAGGCGAACCCACACAGGAGAAAAACCUUACAGCUGCUCAGACUGUGGGAAAAACUUCAGUGAGAGUUCAAGCCUUAUUAGACAUAGGAGAAUUCACACAGGAGAGAAACCUUACAACUGCUUAGCCUGUGGGAAAAACUUCAGUCAGAGCUCAACUCUUGUUAAACAUAAGAGGAUCCACAUGGGAAUCCACGAAAUAGAGAAGCCCUUCAAAUGCUUUGACUGUGGGAAAAGCUUCAAUAAGUGGUCAGAGCUUGUUAGACACAGAAGAAUUCACACAGGAGAGAAACCCUUCAGCUGCUCUGACUGUGGGAAAAAUUUCAGUGAGAGUUCACACCUUGUGAGACAUAGGAAAACUCAUGCAGAAGAGAAGCCCUUCAUUUGCUCUGACUGUGGGAAAAGUUUCAGUGAAAACUCACUCCUUCUUAGACAUCGGAGAACUCACGCAGGAGAGAAACCUUUCAAAUGUUCUGAAUGUGGGAAAAGCUUCAUUCAGAGGUCAGAUCUUGUUAAACAUUGGAGAAUCCACACAGGAGAGAAACCUUACAACUGCUCACACUGUGGAAAAAACUUCAGUCGGAGCUCACAGCUUGUUAGACAUAGGAGAACUCACACAGGAGAGAAACCUUUCAAAUGCUCUGACUGUGGGAAAAGCUUCACGGAGAGGUCAGACCUUGUUAAGCACUGGAGAACCCACACCGGAGAGAAACCUUACAGCUGCUCAGACUGUGGGAAAAACUUUAGUCAGCGCUCAAAUCUUGUUAAACAUAGGAGAAUUCACAUAGAGGUGAAUUGCUCUGAAAGUGGGAAAAGCUUGAGUCGGGGCUCAAAUCUUAACAAUCAUCAUACAAUCCACACAGGAGAAUCUUAGAAUCAUAAAAUCAAAUCCUAGAACACUAGCACUGAAAGGGACCUGGAGAGGUCAUCAGGUGUAGUCCCAUGCCUUGAUGGCAGGUCCAUUCACCAUCUGCCAUCCCUGACAUAUCUUUUUAACUUGCUCUUAGAUAUCUGCAAUGUUAGAGAUUCUGCAACCUACCCAGGCAAUUUAUUCCAGAGUUUAACCACCCUGACAGGAAAUUUUUCCUUAUGUCCAACCUAAUCCUCCCUUGCUGCAAUUUAAGCCCUUCGCUGCUGCUUCUAUUGUCAGAGGUCAAGGGGAAACAUUUUUUUCCCCUCUUCCUUGUAGCAUCCUUUUAGGGACUUGAAUGCAGACAGACAUCUCCUGUCCAUAAUGCACAUAAUCACACAUUAAUCUCAGGAAGCACUUGAGUCCAACUCCACUGUAGGCUGUGCCCCCAGCUCCAUCUGUUUACCAAAACACCCACCCUGAUUUGCCUCUUUCCUCUAGCACGUCCUUAACAGCACUGAACUAGGGGGCUACGUCUACACUGGCACUCUUUUCCGGAAAUGCUUAAAACGGAACAGUUUUCCGUUAUAAGUAUUUCCGGAAA